AUGGAUCAAUCAACUACUAUCAACGAAUUUGAAAUUGAUCAAGCUAACGCUUUCGCUCCAGAUGCUGUCUUUGGUGAUAGAGUUCGUAGAUUUCAAGAAUUUUUAGAUACUUUCUCUUCAUAUAAAGAACAAAUUAGAAACAUACAAAUUUACAACGGUAACAUACACACGGCUGAUAAAUCACUCGAUGAUGAAUAUGACGAUUUCAAUGACGACGACUAUAAGAAGAAAAAUUCAAACGCAAAUUCUGUAAAUAUUUUACCUCAAAGAAUAACAAUAUCAUUAGAUGAAUUGAGAGAGUUUGAUAGAUCUUUCUGGACAGGUAUUCUAGCAGAACCUUCAUAUUUCAUUCCACCUGCUGAAAAGGCAUUGACUGAUAUGGCUUCAACUUUGGACGAUAUACCAAAUAAUGAUUACAAUAGCUCAUUAUCUUCAAAACGUCCAUGGCGUUUGUCUUUCAAAGGUUCAUUCGGUAGCCAUGCUCUUUCUCCCAGAACUUUAAACUCACAAUUUUUAAAUAAAUUAAUCUCUAUUGAAGGUAUAGUGACGAGAACGUCUUUAGUCAGACCCAAACUUAUCCGGUCGGUCCAUUUCGCCGAAAAGACUGGUAGAUUCCAUUACAGGGAUUAUACCGAUUCUACCACCACGUUAACCACUCAAAUUCCAACCCCGGCAAUCUACCCAACAGAGGACACGGAAGGUAAUAAAUUGACUACUGAAUACGGUUAUUCUACUUACAUUGACCAUCAGAGAAUCACCGUACAAGAAAUGCCUGAAAUGGCACCUGCAGGUCAAUUACCGAGAUCUAUAGAUAUUAUAUUAGAUGAUGAUUUAGUAGAUAAAACAAAACCUGGUGAUAGAGUAAAUGUAAUCGGUGUUUUCAAAUCUUUAGGUGCCGGUGGUCUAACCCAAAGUAAUUCGAAGACGCAACAUGGUUUUAGAACGCUAAUUAUCGGUAACAGUGUCUACCCAUUACAUGCUAGAUCCACUGGAGUCUCCGCCAAAGAAGUUUUAACUGAUUACGAUAUCAGAAAUAUCAAUAAAUUAGCAAGAAGAGAUGAUAUAUUCGAUCUUUUAUCCCAAUCUCUAGCUCCUUCGAUCUACGGUCAUGAGAAUAUUAAGAGAGCUAUCUUACUCAUGUUAUUAGGUGGGGUUGAAAAAAAUUUAGAAAAUGGCUCUCAUUUAAGAGGUGAUAUCAAUAUUUUAAUGGUCGGUGACCCAUCUACUGCUAAAUCACAAUUAUUACGUUUCGUCUUAAAUACCGCAUCGUUAGCAAUUGCUACAACUGGUAGAGGUUCCUCAGGUGUAGGUUUAACAGCUGCUGUGACGACUGAUAGAGAAACCGGUGAAAGAAGAUUAGAAGCUGGUGCGAUGGUUUUAGCAGAUCGUGGUGUCGUUUGUAUUGAUGAAUUCGAUAAAAUGACAGAUGUAGACAGAGUUGCCAUUCAUGAAGUUAUGGAACAACAAACUGUUACUAUUGCGAAGGCGGGUAUUCACACUACUCUAAAUGCUCGUUGUAGUGUCAUCGCCGCUGCAAACCCUGUGUUUGGUCAAUACGAUGUCAAUAGAGACCCACAUCAGAAUAUUGCUCUUCCUGAUUCAUUGCUAUCACGUUUCGAUUUAUUGUUUGUUGUUACAGAUGAUAUCAAUGAAAUUAGAGAUAGAUCUAUUAGUGAACACGUUUUAAGAACUCAUAGAUACUUACCACCUGGUUACUUAGAAGGUGAACCAAUUAGAGAAAGACUGAAUUUAUCAUUGGCAGUUGGUGUUGAAGGUGAAAACGAAGAAGAUGAACGUGAAAGAAUUGGGGCUUUGAACAAUGAUGAAGAAGAUGAUAAUGUCUUUGAGAAAUUCAAUCCGUUACUUCAAGCUGGUGCAAUAUUAGCGAGAAAUAAGGGCGACCAUAACGGUACCAAGGUUCCAAGUUUAGUUACCAUCCCAUUCUUGAGAAAGUAUAUUCAAUAUGCAAAAGAAAGAGUUAUUCCUCAACUAACUCAGGAAGCUGUCGACGUUAUAGUCAAAAACUAUGCAGCAUUGAGAAACGACGAAAACACGAAGAAAUCACCAAUAACAGCGAGAACUUUAGAAACCCUUAUUAGACUGUCUACAGCGCAUGCAAAAGUUAGACUUUCAAAAACAGUCAAUCAGCAUGACGCCUUAGUUGCUGCACAUCUCUUGAGAUUUGCUUUGUUAGGUGAAGAUGUAGAUAUGGAUGAAUUCUUCAAUGGUGACGAUGAAGAAGAAUCUCUGAGAAAAAGAUCACCAAAGAAGUCACCUAAGAAGAGACAAAGAGUCAGAGCCACACCUAGAUCACAAAGUGGGCGUUCAACACCACAUGGAAAACCUCGUUCGACAGAAUCAUCUGUACUUACCCCUCGUCGUAGGUUAAGUUUUGAUGAAAAUGCCGAAGAUUCAGAAGAUGCAGAAUAUAAUGAUGAUCGCGAUGACGAAGAUUACACGCCAAUUGCCACAGAAGAAGAAGAAACUUUAAUGCGGAGGUUAGAAAGAGGGUUGAGAGUGUCACCAAGACGUAAAGAGAAAAACGCUUCUUCGUUGGGACCUGCAGGCCCGCUAAAGGAAGUCGAUACACCAAGUCUGGCAAAUGUUGCUUCUGCUGCUCACACCGAGGGCGCAGGACAAGAACAACAAUACCACCGUCAUCAAGAACAAGAAGGACGUACUGUAGUAACAUUCGACACACACGAACCUGGUUCCAUUUCCACCAGCAGAUUAUCUAUCAUCUCUGGUAUCAUUGCUCGUUUAAUGCAAACUGAAUUGUUCGAGGAUGAAUCAUACCCAGUUAGUUCUUUGUUCGAAAGGAUUAACGAAGAGCUACCAGAAGAAGACAAGUUCUCACCAUCGGAAUAUUUAGCAGGUCUAGAAUUAAUGGCUGACAGGAACAAUCUAAUGGUGGCUGAUGACAAAGUCUGGAGAGUUUGA